AUGGACAUCUUCUCCGAUAUCCUCUCACGGCUACCGGCCAAGUGCCUGCUCCGAUUCCGGGGCGUGUCCCAGCCAUGGCGUGCCCUCAUGUCUGAUAGGGCAUUUCUCACCCGCGCCGAACCGUUCCUCGUUGCUGUGUCCGGAGACCGCUCCACCGGAGGCCUCCAGCUGCAGCUGAUGGAUAUGGAAGGCAACGUCGUGCCAAAGGAUGGGCUAUGGAAUGUGUUUGGGGAGUUCCAAGAAGACUUCAGCUCCGAUGGGGAAUUCUGCACGAGCUUUGACAACCUCGUCUGCCUCUAUCGCCCUUCUGCCACAUGCUUGGUCGAUCUAGCCACGGGGGAAAUCGGAAUGUUUGUGGAUGAACCAUCCGACCACCCUCGCUCCUACAUAGGCUUUGGAGUUGGACGUGCCGCUGAGUCCGGCGCUCGCAAGAUCAUCCGGGACAAUUACUUGACCUGGGAGAUCCUCACGUUAGGGGACAACAAAUGGAGGCCAAUGCAAUUGCCCCCAUUCGAUGUCUCGUAUGCGUAUGACUACUAUAACGGCACCACCAUCAAUGGCGUCGUGUACUACUUGUCUCUCUUCGAAGGCAAGAUACUAUGCUUCGACCUCGAGAGAGAGGAGUGGACGAUGAUCCAUGGAGGACCCCAAGCUGACGGAGAACCGUGGCGAUUUAGCCUGGCCGAGCUCAAUGGCUCCUUGUGCUUGAUGGAAAGAACCAGGAUCUUCGGUUUAGAAAACCAAGAAACAACCACGGUUCACUUGUGGCUCUUGCAGGCUGAUUCUACCAAGGGAACCUGGGCCAAGGCAUACACGCUCCACCUGGAGAGUUUGGACUCCCGCCAUAUUGUCAUGCCUUUGAGAGUGAUACAUCCCGGUGGGAAGCUGCUCUUCUACAAGUAUUGCAGCUGGCCUUAUUCCAGAUCAACGCCAUUGUUUCAAGUAUAUGACCCUCUUUCCGGGAAAUGCACACGCGUGGAGAAGGCGCCCACCAACGUCGUUGGCAGAAUCGGUCUGUGCAGCCUCAGCUUGGAUCCUAGAUUUCGUGCCAAGCCCUAG